AUGCCUCACUCAAACCCGGAUGGACCUCUGGUCAAGCGCCAGAAGGUUAGGUCCAAGGCAUCCUCUGGCAACGAAACCGCCAAUUCGUCUCGUAUUUUUGCUCCAUUCCGAACUGUUGGCCUCGUCUCACCGACAAGUGUUCCAUUCACAUCAAUACCUCUAGGCAAAACCACAUUCCAAAUUACGACAUCCGUAGGCAAGGCCCUACAAACCUAUGACCUCCGCCGGGGAUUGAAUCUCGUUUUUGUCACCCGCCCCCAAACUCCCGCCAAUAUCACUGCGACUUUUGCUUGGAAAGAAAACAUUUUCGCAGCAUGGGGGAAUGGUAUGAACGGCGAGGCUCAAGGUCUCUGGGUGUUUCAGCGAGGAAAGAAAGUGAACCAGCUGGAAUUACCCCUCGACCUCAAUGAGCCGAUUCAGCAAAUCCUCGUUUUGGGUUCCUGGAUAGUUGCAUGCGCCUCUACGAGAAUUGAAAUUUUCAAAAGUGCGACUUUCGAACACUAUACCACGAUUAAUACUAUGGCCACGAACAAAGGUGGAAACGAAAUCACUGGCGGCGUCAUUAGCAUGCCCACCUUCUUAAAUAAGAUCUUUGUUGGGCGUAAGGAUGGAUGGGUAGAGAUUUGGAAUGUCAGCACUGGCAAGCUUAUAUACACAAUCUUGCCCCCGGAGCCUGAUUGUGGUUCUGUUACUUGCCUGGAGCCUAGCCCUGCAUUGUCGCUGAUGGCGAUUGCCUACUCAUCUGGCACCAUGAUCAUCACUGACGUUCUGAUGGACAAGCCUGUGAUCCGGAUCGAAGCUGGAAGCUCAGAGGCUCCAGUCCAGUCAAUAUCCUUCAGGACCGACGGAACAGGUGCCGGACAUGAUGGCAGAAAGGAUGGUGUCAUGGCCACUGCUAGCAGUGCCACUGGCGAUGUUACGUUUUGGGACUUGAAUAAGGGUGGGCGUGUCAUGGGUGUUCUGCGAGGUGCUCACAACCCUCCAUCCCGUGACGGCAAAAAUGUGCGUGGAGGUGUUAGCAGGGUGGAAUUCUUGGCCGGCCAGCCCGUCAUUGUGACGAGUGGACUUGACAACUCACUCAAGACUUGGAUUUUUGACACUACGCCAUUUUCUCCGAUACCGCGGAUCCUCCACUCUCGGAGUGGCCAUGCCGGACCUGUUAACUGUCUGCAUUUCUUGCCUACUGACUUUGAUGGUUCUGAGUCUGGGAAUAAGUGGCUCCUGAGUGGUGGCCGUGACAGAAGUCUUUGGGGAUGGAGUCUGCGUAGGGACGGUCAGAGCACGGAAAUAAGUCAGGGGCAUUUGCGCAAGAAGGCGAAGAAGAUUGGUAUUUUGGCUUCCAAUCCGCUGGCUCAUGGACCGACAACCUUGCUAGAAGACCUCAAAGCGCCUGAGAUUACGAGCAUUGCAAUGUCCCUCAACAGAGAUGGCGGCAUCGGUGCGAUACCAGGCAACCCACCAAUAUGGCAAAAGGGCCACAGCGACAGCAAGAAGAAAGUCGACGCCGAAAUCAGUGGCAUGACUGGCUGGGAAAGUGUUGUGACAGCACACAAAGGGGAUUCCCACGCCAGAACUUGGUUCUGGGGCCGGAAAAGAGCAGGAAGAUGGGCUUUCCCCACCGGCGAUGAUACCAAUGUGUCAACUGUGGCGAUUAGUCCUUGUGGAACGUUUGCUGUGGUCGGAUCCGAAGGUGGCAGUAUCGACAUGUACAACCUGCAGUCCGGUGUGCACCGACAAAGAUUUCCCUCCCGAUUGACACCUUCACAAGCUCGACAAGUCAGACUCCAGCAGUUGAGGCAGGCAGAUGAUGUCGCCCAGUUACAGGCUGGUAGUGGGCAAAAGUUUCUCCCAGGCACUGGCAAACAUACCAAGGCAGUCACAGGGCUAGUUGUAGAUGCCAUGAACAAAAUGGUCAUAUCUUGCUCUUCGGACGGCAAGAUCAAGUUUUGGGACUUUUUGACAGGAACUCUGCUUGAUCAACUUGACUGGGCGCCGAUGACUUACCCCAUAGCAUGCAGGUAUCAUGCUGCCAACAACCUCCUAGCAUUCGCGUGUGAUGACAUGUCUAUACGCGUUGUCGAUAUGGAGACAAAGAAAACUAUCCGUGAAUUUUGGGGUCCAGAGGAAUCUAUCAACGACAUAUGCUUCUCUAGCGAUGGCCGAUGGAUCAUUGCUGCCUCCAACGACAGGACUAUCCGAGUUUGGGAUCUGCCGACCAGCCAUCUUAUUGAUGCAAUUCGCCUGAGCAAACCCUGUACUGCGUUAGACAUGUCUAUUACUGGCGAAUAUCUUGCUGCCAGUCUUGAGGACGAACCUGGAGUUGCAAUCUGGACAAAUAAAGCCUUAUUCAAGCAUGUCCCAACAAGGCAAAUCUCAGAAAAGGAGAUUGGGCAAGUCUCUGCACCGACAGUAUCUGGAGAAGGAAACCAAGGUGUGCUAGAGGCGGCCUUUGAGGACGACAAAGAAGAGGCGGAUGAUGCAAUCAUCGCUCCCAGUGUUGAUCAACUGAGCUCAGAGCUCACCACGUUGAGCUUAGUUCCGAAGAGUAGAUGGCAAACACUGUUGCAUCUUGACUUGAUCAAGGAGCGAAAUAAGCCAACCGAAGCUCCAAAGGCCCCUGAAAAGGCUCCUUUCUUUCUACCCUCGACCACAGGCUCCAAGGCACUAGGCCAACCGAGUACGACGGAUGUUACAGAGGACGAAUCCAAAUCACGAAUCACAAAACUCGACAAGGCGCGCUUCGAGGAACAGUUUUCGUCAAAGCUGCGUCAAGGGGCCGAAGCUGGCGACUAUGGCGCGUUUGUCGAGCAUCUCAAGUCCUUGUCCCCGUCAAGUGCGGACCUUGAGCUUCGUUCGCUGUCAAUUGGCAACGGGGAUGACGAUUCGAAUGAGCUUCUUCAUUUCAUUCGAGCACUGACCACGCAACUGAGAGCGAGGAGAGACUACGAACUUACCCAAGCCUGGAUGACGGUGUUCCUCCGGCUACAUUUCGACGUUGUUAUGGAGAGCGAGUCUCUCCUGGGCGCAUUGGAGCAAUGGAAGAGCUUCCAAGAGAAGGAGUGCAAUCGCCUAGACGAUUUGGUGGGUUAUUGCAGCGGUGUUGUUAAUUUCCUAAGGAAUCCUCGCACAUAA